AAAAAACAAAAAAAAGAGAGAGAGAGAGAGAGAGAGAGAAGAGAGAAGAAGAAGAAGAAAAGAAUGCCGGAAUUAGAAAAUAAUGUUACACCGACGGGGUCGGCUCCGGCGACGCCAGGGACACCAGGGGGGCCACUGUUUACAUCUCACCGAGUCGACUCACUGUCAUAUGAUCGGAAGUCGAUGCCGCGAUGCAAGUGCUUCCCUGUGCAUCCUUCGUGGGGUCCACAUAACACAUGUCUCACCGACUUCCCCAAGCCUGACGUCUCUCUCACCAAGAAGUUAGGAGCUGAGUUCGUGGGGACCUUCAUUCUAAUAUUCAUAGCAACAGCUGGGCCAAUAGUAAACCAGAAGUACAAUGGAGCAGAAACCCUGAUAGGGAAUGCAGCAUGUGCUGGUCUUGCAGUGAUGAUUGUUAUACUUUCCACCGGCCAUAUCUCUGGGGCACACCUUAACCCAUCUCUCACUAUUGCCUUUGCUGCACUUCGUCACUUCCCUUGGGUUCAGGUCCCAGCUUACAUCGCAGCACAGGUAUCUGCAUCCAUCUGCGCUUCUUUUGCUCUCAAGGGUGUGUUUCACCCUUAUCUGUCUGGUGGGGUCACUAUCCCCUCUGUAAGCAGUGGACAAGCUUUUGCCCUCGAGUUCUUCAUCACCUUUAAUCUCUUGUUUGUGGUCACUGCUGUUGCCACCGACACGCGAGCGGUUGGAGAAAUGGCAGGGAUAGCCGUUGGGGCAACAGUUAUGGUUAACAUUUUGAUAGCCGGGCCUUCAAGUGGUGGUUCAAUGAAUCCAGUAAGAACCCUAGGACCUGCUGUUGCAGCUGGUAAUUUCAAAGCAAUUUGGGUUUACCUUAUAGCACCAACUCUGGGAGCAUUGGCAGGUGCAGGUGUCUACACUGCCGUGAAGUUGCAAGAUGAAGAGGUGGUUGAAGUAACACCUCGAGCUAGCUUCCGCUAA